AUGCACAGGUCUGCGAGUUUGAAUAGAUUCUCUGAUGACUACUUCAAGAGUGUGACUAGUUCUCCACCUCAAGGGCAUAGAUCAUCCUCCACCUAUGAUGCCAACACCCUACCAACAUAUGAUCCCGUGGCAGAGUUGGCAAAGAAAGAGCUUGCACGAGUUAGGUUUGCUGAAAAUGCAGUGCAUGUUAUCCCUUUUGUGAUAUUUGGUUGUGCCAUCAUUCUUUGGUUCUUUUCAAAUCCAGAUGUAGGGAUUAUAAACGCAAAGAUUGAAGGAUUAAAUCUUGAAGGAGAAAUUGAAAACGAUAGUGAUGGUACUCAAACGGGCAUCUUACCUACGAUGAACUCGGGAGAUGCAUCUACAGAACAACUUGGAGCAACAAAAGUUUCAAUAAAACCCAAGACAUUUUAG